UUUUUCUGGUAUAUUGUCCAUGGCUUCUUGGACCAUACCAAGCUCCUCCUUUAGCUCAGCUUUGAAGUUUUCAUCAAAAUCCCAUUUUGGAUUUAACAGCAAACCGUUGUCUUCGCUAACUUUUGGAGGAACCAAUAACAGAAUUUCAGUAUCAAUUCGUGCGAUGGGCUCUUCAGCUUCUUCUUCGAAACAAGAUAGUGCUCAAGGGUCCAGUCAAAUAGAUUAUAGCUCUAUAAGCGAUGAGGAGUGGAAGAAGCAGCUAACAAAUGAACAAUUUUACAUUACACGGCAAAAGGGUACAGAACGGGCAUUCACUGGGGAGUACUGGAACACUAAGACCCCCGGAACAUAUCACUGCAUCUGCUGCGAUACUCCUUUAUUUGAAUCUUCUACCAAAUUUGAUAGUGGAACCGGGUGGCCCUCUUACUACCAGCCCAUAGGCAACAAUGUGAAGUCAAAGAUGGACUUGUCUAUCAUUUUCAUGCCUCGUCAAGAAGUUCUCUGUGCAGGUUGCGAUGCUCAUCUUGGGCAUGUAUUUGAUGAUGGCCCUCCGCCUACUGGAAAGCGUUACUGCAUCAAUAGCGCUGCCCUGAAAUUGAAGCCAAAGUAGAAAUAUGCUGCGUAGAAUACGAAAAGGUAUUGAUUUCAUGAGAAAGUGAAGAUAUCAAUCAAGCUGCAGAGUUAUUCAUAUGAAGGAAUAAUGUUGCUUCUUCUGUGUGAUAUGUUAAGUUCAUUUCUUCUGAUACCUUCAAACAUACACGAUGUAUAAGUUGGUCAAAUUCACACAUUUUUAGCAUACUCUAUGUAAAUGUCUUACAUGUUUGUA